ACCCUUUAAGAAUGUGGCAAAGUUAUGAAAAUCAAGCGUUCAUCCCUUGCCAUAGAUGGCGCCUAUCACCAAAUACAGACUAAAUGCACUGUUAUUUUCUCUGUGCUGUCCAUCAAGUUAUGUCAUGAUUAGUUAGUUGACCGAAGUCUAAAGCUGCCGGGAUAGGGCACUGGAGUAAGUGUGAGCAUGUGAGCGAGGGCCAGGAUGAACACUACGCUGAAACACUGGAGAGAGUCGGCGACGGUGAUCCUGGCGGCCGGCCUGAGACACGCUCAGAGCUCGGACUCUCUUAAAACAGGUCUGGAGAAAGUCUCUGACACAGCGCACAGAUCCGCCUUUGAUUAUCAAGUGCUGCUGCUGAAACGGAGCAGCAGCAGCGGCUUCAUGCCCAGUGUCUAUGUGUUUCCCGGGGGGCUGGUGGACUCGUCUGACUUCUCCAGCGAGUGGCAGGAGAUCUUUCAAUCCUUCACGAAAGCGCCCAACUACGGCAUCGGAGUCGUGAAGCAGACUCCGGAAACCAGGCCACCCAUUUUCGGCACUGACAGAGCGCAGCUGGGGUCCCCGAUCCCCGGAGACGUGGCUUUCAGGAUAUGUGCGGUGAGGGAGACGUUUGAGGAGUCCGGUGUGCUCCUAGUGGUUCCCAAACACGAGGAAAGUGGCAUUCGCGUGCGCACAAAUGAUGAUCGGGACAGUGACCCCCAGCCAGCCCUCACCACACUGAGCGGACUGUGGGACAGAGACGUGCUGUCCAAGUGGAGGUCUCUGGUUAUUGGUGACUCGGCGAAUUUUAUUAAGAUGUGCAAGGAGCUGCAGUGUCUGCCCAAUAUCUGGGCUCUACACGAGUGGGGCAACUGGCUGACCCCCAUAGGCAUGCAGGACAAACAGAGGCGCUACGACACGGCCUUCUACAUCUGCUGUCUGCGCGACACGCCUCACACGCUUCACGACGAGAAGGAAAUAGUUCAUUUCAAGUGGUCGAGUCCCUCUGAGGCGCUGCACAGCUACAAAUCAAAGGAGCUCUUGCUCGCUCCUCCUCAGGUCUACGAGCUUGGACGGAUGUGCCAUUGUCCAUCUCUUACAGAUCUCCAUCGCUUUGCCUGGCAGAGGUCUUUGGAGGGUUGCGAACAGUGGCUGCCUCUUCACCUCGUGGCGCCUGACUGCUUUGCAAGCAUUUUACCAGGGGACGCUCUGUACCCGGAAAAAGUGGACCCUUCUGGAAAGAGCGGCGGCGUGAUAAAGACUGAGAAAAGUCUUGAAGAGUUCCUGCAGGACAGUGCAAACCUGCACCGUUUUGUCGGUCAGGAUCCAUAUUCAGUAACUGUCCAAAUAAACAUCACACCCAAGUAUAACCACCUGUCCCCUCUCUGUGGUAAAGAUGUGGACAACCCCUCCAAAAACCAUAGUAAACUCUGACACUUACCUGCCAAACAGUUGCAGGACUAAUGGACAUCAAAGGUUUUUUAUUUUUAAUCAGCUCAUUUUUACUUACUGAUAAGGCACUUUAGCUCUUCAGUGUAGUUCAACAUAUGGCCUCCCGAACUUCUGUCAUAUACAAAUCAUAAACGGUGACUACAUUGUUGAUGUGACAACUGCUGGUACCAUGAUUAAAAAAAAAAACCUUCUGAAGUGCAUAAAAAAGACUAAUGUGUAAAGUUUGUAUUGUCACAGUUCUUCAUUAAUGUAAUAAUUCAGAUGAGGCAGUAAAGGGUAUGACACUUUCAGUUGCUUUCAUUUGUUGAAAGUGCUCAACUUUAAGCUUUUUGAGUUUGCUGAAUACAGGACUGUGUACAAAAAUUGCAUUUAUCGGAUUGGUUUAUGGCUAGCAUAUAUAACCAACCAAUAACAACAAAUCUGGCUGUAGCAGCAGCUGUUGCAAUUUUUUGUAGUACUGGCUAAGAUAAAUGAUUUAAAUCUAAGUGAAGUACAAUGAGUAGUAAAUCAAGUGUUUUAAUUAAAACUGAAGCAUGAUGUGCAUUUCUGCCAUCUUUAAAUUCAGAUAAAAAAAUAAUUCAGACAAUGUGUGAAUGUUUUCAAAACGGUUUAAUCAUACAUAAACUAAAGAUAAACUACC